AUGGCCUCCUGGUUUACUCACAAUCUCCAAAGACGUCUACUGCUAUAUUUUAUUCAGAAAAUAUCACUAUUUUCACAAAUCGACAUAGCUGCUCUUGAUGUAUCACUCGGUUCCAGUUCGCAUUUCACAUUUCACGAUCUAGAUCUAGACGUCGAUAACAUAGACCUUCCUGAUGUGACCAUAAGAAGCGGGUUUUUGAAAAAGCUAGAUUUGAAUCUGACCGUUAGUGGUGGGCUCAGUGUCGCAGCAUCUGGUGUCGCAUUUGUGGUGAAACCAAAUUUAUCAAAAGCAUUCGAUGCUCAAGCAUCAAGCCUCCUCCUUACCAAAACUGUUUUUGAUCUGACAAGCUCUGUGAUGCAUCUUGAUGGAGGUAAGGACGAAUUUCCUGAUGAGGACUCUAUUCUUGACGAUACGAGUGAGAGCAGCAGUACAAAUCAGAACUCGGGCUCUGCAGCGGCGCCAUCGAUGCUUCAAUCGAUGCGCAAUAAGGCUUUGGACCUGAUACUAUCAAAGCUCUCUAUGGUUUUAAGCGAUGUCAGCAUAAAAGUUUUGUUCUCAGAAGAAAACAUCGUGGAGCUGAGAGCAGGGGAAAUCGAGUUCACAUCUGCAAAUGAGACCCGUCAAAUUAAUAUCUCAGGGCUGGCCCUAAAUCAUCUCAAACAAACUAGAAAGGGAGAGGAAGAAAGUACUGGGACUCCGAAGGCAGAAGCUUCUAUGUCAGAAUCAUUGCUUUACUCUAAAGCUGAAGCCACAUCAAUUUACAUGAGCGCUAUUCAGAGCAUGGCAGAUGUUGAUCAAGCGGAUACAUCCACUGCAGGUCAGAAAGAAGGUAUCGCGCUUCUAACAAUCAAUAAUCUCAACAUCUCUUUCAAAGGGUUUACAUCCAUCGAUGAUAUUGCCGUAAGAGACGCUAUGGUAGAAUUCGACAGAUGUAGGAUAGAGCUACACCAUAUAGCUGAACUUAGUGAGCCCAUCAUCAUCCCUUUGAUAAUGCUUCUAAUAAAUCAGCCGAAAAAACCCACGAGUGUGAGUACAGCACGGACUCCUCAGAAUCUCCACGGUUAUAAAAGAUUCAGAGAGGAGCAAGACCUUCAUGAUGAGAACUUCUUCUCUUCCUUUGGCGGCAAUGAGAUCAAAAUAUUUUUGAGUGACACGCUGUAUGUCACAAUAGGUGUUUUCUCUUUCAGUUUGAGCGACCAUCAACUCCUGCAUGUUAAGCUCGAUGCUCUCUCCGCUUAUCACAAUGAGUCGAUAAUUUUCGAGGUAGCCAGAACUCUCGAACGCUCAAUAGUCGAGGCUUCCUACGCUAUAGUUGAGGGAAAUAUCGAGGUCAAAGUAAAUGGCAACACAAACAUUGAUAUUGAAAUAGACUCUGCUCGUGAACUACUGAAAUGCUUCUUCUUUUUGAGAAAGUCAUUUGAGAUUUGGCAACAAAACGUGCCCAGAAGCUUCAAAAAGAAAGGUAAAUCGGGAAAUCAGGUAACCUUGAAGGUGGAGGGAAAGCCACUAAACCUCAGGCUUCACCUGGCAACUGGAACUCUAAAGCUCUCAACAACAGACUGCCUCAUCAAUCUUCCAUCCGCUUUAUUUGCGUGUGACGCAAUCAAGCUUGAAAUGCAACACUCGAAUACGUCGGUAAACCUGAUAAGCAUAUCCAACGUGGAUGUAAAAUGUCAUUCCGACCCUUCGCAGCAUUCCUCAUUUAACCAUGGUUUUGAUGAGGUGAUUCUAUCCACAAAGUGCAAAGCUUUCGUCAAAAAAGUCAAGCUGUACGCCACUGCCGAAGUCUUUAAAAGGAUUCUAUCAGAGAUCCAAGAUAUACAGUCUGAACUCUCGCUACUAUCUCCAGACUUUGGUGUAGUAAAAUCUUCCUUAAAAUCUCCGAGACAUCUGAAGAGGAGUGUUCGAGUCAUGGGUUCUUCUUCUUUCAUCAACAAACAAAGUUCCACUGUCCACUGUUUGAUCGAGAUAGAUCUUAUCGAUGGACUGUUUGAGGGGUUUUUGCACCAGGCCUUCGGUGACCUGUCCAUUACUGGGAAAGGCUGUUUUAUGUAUUACAAUGAAGACAAUACUUUUACAGGGUAUGUCAAAACAUUUGAUGCGGAGAGGACGCUAGAUGGCAAGAGUGAGGUACUCAUAAGCUGCGCGUGUCAACAUAAAUCUCAGGCUCCUGUGGUGACAUUCCAUAAAAAGUUAAGCGGUAAACUUUCCUGCGCCUUCAGAAAAGUUGGGAUCCAUUACCAUGCGCGAUGGCUUGACUUUUUACAAGGCAAGCAAGAAACUGCACCUUCUACACCUUCCACGCGCGUCGCCUUUAAAAGUGUGGACGAACAGUCUGGAUUAGAAAUAAGACUUAUUGAAUGUGCCAUACAUUUAAAUCCUUACAGACUCAAAGCUCAGAUGCUUCUGGUUGUUGGGAAAUGCGCAAUGGAGCUUAGCAUGCCGGCCAUGAAUCUGAAAGGAAGCAUAAGAGCUGGCUCUCUUCUUCUGAUCGAUGACAUUGCUAACUUCAAACCAAGACCAAGCUCCCAAGAAGUUACAUAUUUGUCCCCUUACUACACAGAUCGCGGAUUUGCAAAUAUUGGCAAAUUUGAUAAAUUUCAUUUUUCUACCUGGCAGACUUGCGAGGGGUUGAAGGCUAUGGUAGAUAUGGGAACCCUUUCUCUUUCCUUGUGCGCCGACUCCAUGCAAACCUGCACUCAGGUCUCCGUGGAUCUAGGUAUCCCCGUAAGCUUUCCAGAAGUUGAGAAGUACAGAACAAAACCACCUCAGGUGGAGGUGUUUCAUGAUGUGGAUGAGCAGUUUUUUACGGGGCAAAAACUCCAGCUCGAUCCUUCAGUCAAACAGGAUGGUAACUCCUCAACUGCUGAUAUACUUUCAAAAGCGUACUUUGAUGAGGCGGUGGAAUUUGGUGAUUUUCAAGUGCUGGGUAGGGCUGCUUCCUCCAGUGACGAGCCUGUGUUGAUAUCUGGCGCUCAAGACAGCUAUUUUGAUAAUAGAAGUCAACAAACUGAAUCCAAUACUUCGAACUCCACGACACAAAAAAAAUUGGCUCUGACUCUUAGCUUAGAGCGAGCGAUCAUAAAGCUUUAUGAUGGUUUCGAUUGGGCAUAUACUAGGAAUUCGGUUUCAGACUUAAUCAAUCGAGUCGAAACAGCAUUGGAACACCAGGAUUCCGCGCGUCAGGAAACCGUCAAAGCUUCAGUUUUUGACUCCAUUUUUUUAUUUGCAGGUGCAGAAGUAAGCCCAGGUUCAUUGAGACAGCAGAUUAACAAUGAUCUGCAGACUGAACCUAGCAUUGUUGUCGGCUCACCAAAAAAGUUGAGACUGCGACCCUCAUCUAACUAUAAAAUAAGAAUUGAGGCAUCUGGUUUGAAAAUCAACGUUUUGCGCUACAAUGUCGAUGAGCCCACGGAAUCCACCUCAGAUUUAUCUGCAGAUAUUCUCAACGAUAUAACUCUCACUUCAGAAAACGUGGAAGUCAUUGACAACAUCCCUACUUCCACAUGGAAUAAACUGGCCACUCAUUGGAAGCAUGAACCCCGCGCUAAAGGUUCGGACAUGUUUUUUGUUAACAUCAUGACCGUUAAACCUCUUGAUUUUCUAGCAGCUACAGAGCUGAUUCUCAAAAUAAAAGUCUUACCGCUAAGGCUACACAUUGACCAGGAUGCAUUGGACUUUCUCACGCGCUUCUUUGAAUUUAAGGAUGCGCGCUUCGAACUGAUAGAUGAAUUUCCUGACUUUGUUUACAUUCAAAAGUUAGAAGUGGAAUCAGUUAAGAUCAAAAUGGAUUAUAAGCCUAAAAGCGUUGACUAUUCAGUCUUGAAAUCUGGUCAUAAAAGUGAGUUUAUGAACUUCUUCAUUUUAGAAGGUUCAGAGCUGCAACUGAGACACCUUAUUGUCUAUGGAGUGAAUGGCUUUCCAGAGCUUAACAAAAUCCUAAAUGGAAUAUGGGUGCCCGACAUAACUGGUAGCCAGUUGAAAGGAAUACUUGGUGGAGUCGCCCCGAUGAAAACCGUGGUUACUUUAGGAACAGGGAUAAAGGCAUUGGUGUCGACUCCAGUUAAAGAAUACAAAAGAGAUCAAAAUCUGAGCAGAGGGUUGCAAAAAGGUACACAGGUUUUCAUCAAAAUAACCGCCAGUGAGUUCAUACGUUUGGGAGUGAAGCUAACGUCUGGUACGCAAGCUUUAUUAGAAAAUAUGGAAGAAGUUAUGGGAGGAGAGGGUUCACAAGCUCGAAAUCACAAGCUUAAAGGUGUCGACCUGGAAAUCAUAUCAGAAGACGUCUUCAAAAAAUAUGAAAGAUUGGUUGGUGGUCGCAACCCGAAACCGAGCAGUCAGGAGCCCGAAGCUCUAUUCGUUGAGCCUGGUGCUAGGGAGGGCGAUGCACCUAGAGUAUUCAGUCUGUAUGCCGACCAGCCUUCGUCUUUGAGACAAGGAUUGAAGGAAGCGCAAGGCUCGUUCGGCAGAAACGUAACGUUGGCCUACGAGGCUGUACUCAAAGCACAACAUGACAUCAAAGACAACGCUAGCGCGCACGAAACUGCUUCGACCCUUGCACGCGUGGUACCUGUUGCACUUCUUCGGCCCAUAAUUGGUGCCACAGAGGCGCUUUCAAAAGCAUUGCAGGGAGUGUCAAACGAACUCGAUGAAGAACAGAUGGCAAUGCUCAAGGAUAAGUACAAGUCUAGGAACUAG